CACACAAUAUAUACAGGCACGCACAUCGAUACGAAACGUACAGAGAGAAUAGUGAGAGAGACGUUUUGAGUUGCGAGAGAUAAAGCUACGAAUUUUAUUGAGAUUUUCGAUCAGAACGAUGUCGGAUCACGAGGAAUCGAUGAUUGAGAAGAUUAGCGAGAAGAUUAAAGGCGACGAUUCGUCGUCGUCGUCGUCCGAUUCGUCGGACUCGGAGACGGAAACGACGACGUUGAAGGAGAAGGUGUUUCGGAUCUUUGGGCGCGAGAAGCCGGUGCACAAAGUUCUAGGCGGUGGUAAACCUGCUGAUGUGUUCCUCUGGAAGAACAAGAAGGUAUCUGGAGCAAUCCUGGGUGGGGCGACAGCAAUUUGGUUUCUUUUUGAAGUGAUGGAGUAUUACUUUCUCACUCUUGUUUCUCAUGCAUUGAUAUUAUCAUUGGCCAUAAUGUUCUUGUGGUCCAAUGCUACUACCUUUAUCAACAAAUCUCCUCCUAAGAUUCCAGAAGUUUCUAUUCCUGAGGCGCCAGUUAAGGAAAUUGCUGCCGCUUUAAGGGUUGAGAUCAAUAGGGCCUUUGCAGUCAUAAGGCAGAUCGCACUUGGAAAAGAUUUGAAGCAGUUUCUAUCAGUGGUUGCUGGAUUGUGGAUCUUGUCAAUUUUGGGAAGUUGCUUUAACUUCUUGACUUUGUGCUACAUAGGGGUUGUGUCGCUCUUCACGGUGCCUUUUCUGUAUGAUAAAUAUGAGGACAAGAUAGAUCCUUUGGCUGAGAAAGCGACAAUUGAGAUCAAGAAGCAGUAUGCAGUGUUUGAUGCCAAGGUUCUGAGUAAGAUCCCAAAAGGACCUCUUGGCAAGAAGAAAACACAUUAGACGAUGCUUGAUGUUAUAUUUUAUGGGAUUUGAAGUGUUCGCGUGUGACUGUUCUUGUUUGAAACCUAGCUUUAUAUACUCAUCAUAUUAUUGUUUCACAGAAGAUCUUAUUUUGCUCUUAAAUGGUUCAUGUACCGACAUUAUUGUGAAUUAUGGUAUACAUAUAGUUAUUCGUUUA